CAAAAACCCAAAUAGAAAACAACACCAAACAACGCCACUUUUCAUCUCUUCAAAAUCCACAUCUCAACCCUCAUUCUUCAAAAAAAAAAAAAAAAAAACCAAAAAUCUCAUCGCCAUAUUCACUUCCAAAAAUAAACAAAUAAUGGAUAUCUCAGAGAUAGCAAAGAAACUCGGUUUCUCCGAUUCCAAACUCCUCAUCCGUAAAGCCGCUGAACUCCGUCGCCUCUGCGAUGUCCACUUCGAUUCCUCCGUCAUUGGUGUCGGUGAAGUUGCAAAAGCUAUCAUCUGUAUGGAGAUUGCGGCGACGAGACUCGGUGUUCUCUUUGAUCGAUCUUCGGCGGUUAGACUCAGUGGAAUGUCCGAAAGGGCUUACAUCAGAUCUUAUAAUUCACUUCAUAAUGGCCUUGGCGUCAAGUUGAAGCUAGAUGUGAGAGAAUUGGCGAUCCAAUUCGGUUGUGUUCGAAUUAUACCUUAUGUUCGCGACGGUCUAAAGAUUUAUAAGGAUCGGUUUCUUUCAUCUUUGCCGGCAGCUCGCCGUGCUAGUGCUGAUUUUACUCGUCCUGUGUUCAUGGCUGUUGCUUUUUAUUUAUGUGCAAAGAAACAAAAGCUCAAAGUUGACAAGAUUAAGCUAAUUGAACUAUGUGGUACAUCUGAAUCUGAAUUUUCUAGUGUUUCUACUACUAUGAAAGACUUGUGCCAUGAUGUUUUUGGGGUAGCUAAGGAAAAGAAAGACCCUAAAGAAGUAAAGACCAAUAGAGAUCUGCUUGAUGCCUUGCCAAGCAAAAGAAAAGCUGAGGAUGGUGGCUAUUUGUCUGACGAUGGGGCAGAGAUUUCAAGUUAUAAAAAGAGGAAGCAGAUGGAAACACGUGAUUAUCAAAAGUGGAAAUCUUCAGUCCUUGCAUCGAAUAAACAAGAUAAGACAGAAGCGCCUUACAAGAAACCCAAACAGACCCGCCUCAACUUUGCCAAGGAAACUCCUGAGACUCAGAAGUUGGAGGCGAUAUGAGAUAGUAUUGCUUUGUAUUGUGAUGGAAGAUUCCGGAGGACCUUCAGUACAGUAUAAAACAAAGAAUGAAGAUUGACAUUAACCUAUAUUGUAUUUGUAACAGAAGAGGAGUAGUGGUCUUGUUGAUUAUUCUCACAUAUAGCGUUCUCAAUUUUGUUAGUUGUCUUUUGGUGAAUUGCCAAAGCUUUAAUUUAUAGCAAGAACUCUGUACAGACUGUCACUUUUUAAAAAUUCAUUGGCAUUUUUUGGCUUCAAAAUGGGUCA